ACUCUUCCACUCUCCCAAGACUCUCCUAAUUGCCUUGCUCUGGGCUCUCUCUUUCUCUUUGGAAAGCCAGCAACACAAGCAAAGAAACAUGGAUGGAGUGAGGAGUGAUGUGAAGGUGGUAGAGAGUCCAAGGAGGGUUAGGCUCUAUGAUGUCUUGCUGCGAUUCUUUGGGCUGGCCUUUACUUUUGCUGCUGCAGUUCUGGUGGGUGCUAGCAAGGAGACCAAGACUAUUCCUAUCUCUCUUUCAGAUUCCUUGCCCCCCCUGCAUCUUACUUUCACUGCUAAGUGGCAAUACAUGUCUUCUUUUGUGUACUUCUUGGUGACAAAUGCCAUAGCAUGUUCAUAUGCAGCAGGAUCUUUGGCAUACUCCAUAGCAGCCCCAAGCUUCAAACAAAAUGCAGCAUUGGUACUAAUCUUCCUAGACCUAAUAAUAAUGGCACUACUCUUCUCUGCCAAUGGGGCAUCCGCAGCUAUUGGAAUCAUUGGCCAACAUGGGAAUUCGCACGUGCAAUGGAGAAAGGUGUGUGAUUUGUUUGAUGACUAUUGCCACCACAUGGCUGCUGCCCUUGUCCUGUCUCUGCUUGGGUCUUUUGCCUUUAUUUGGCUUGUGGUCCUGGCUGUUUUGGGCCUCCGUAAGAAAUAGAAGAAGUAAAACUUAAUUAUUAACGCUCUUGGGGAUAUUAGUCAUCAUGGUAUUAUUAAUUAAUUAGGUUAAUUAGCAGUAGGAAAUUACUUCGUCUGUAAUAGUACAUUACUAGUAUUAAAUGCUUCUGCUGGACCUUAUGGCAUUCAAAAAGAAGAAAAAAAAGAAAAGAAAAAAGGGGGGCUAGCUGGUGCAUGCUGUGCUCUGUAGUAAAUUUGAUGCCCUGCAGGCAGCUGUUUGGUGUGGCUCAAUAAUUGCUUCUGUGGAAAAGUUGUGUGUAUUAAUUCUACUUUUUUGUACAUUUCUAAAGAACAGCACUAGAUGCUCUAAGACCCCAAUGGUAGAACAUUCAUUCUCU